UUAUUCUCAUCCCUCUAUCCUCUUCUCUAUCUACUACUGCUAUAUAACAACAGAAUUCUCCUCCAAAACUUCUCCAUAAUUCCAGCAAGAAUCGCUCUUACAGAAUCUUAGGAAGCUACAGAAAGAAACCAAAGAUGCAGAGAAUCACUCAAGAGUUCGAAAAGCACCUGAAGCUCGACGAAGAAGAUGGUAAAGAAAACGAACAAGAAAUAGAAUCCCACGGUGAAGAUUACGAAGAUUAUGAUGAUGAUGAAGACGAAGAUGAUUUUUCUUUUGCAUUUGAUGGCGUAAAUUUCUCAACUAUUUCAGCUGAGGACGCGUUUGAUAACGGUCAGAUCAGGCCGGUCUACCCCUUGUUCAACCGGGAUAUUCUGUUGGGUGGUGGUGUUGGUGACGGGCAGGAUUUGGAGACUUUAAGGAUGAUGGUUUUCAAAGCAACGACAUCGUCCUCGACGGCCGAUGAGGAAGCAGUGGGACCCUAUUGUGAGUGGUCGAAGAAGGUGGUGGAGGCGCUGACGCCGAAGGGUUGUAAGAAGAGUAGCUCAACGGGGUUUUCGAAGAUUUGGAGGUUUAAGGAUUUUGUGCAUAGGAGUAACAGUAAUGGGAGAGAUGCGUUUGUUUUCUUGAACCACCCGACGCCGUCAGCGGCGGCUCCUUCUGCUGCGGCGGUGAGCGCGAGGAAGGAAGAGAAGGCGGCCGAGGGUGUACCGUUAAAGAAAGUCAACGGGAACAAUGGGGCCGUUGGAGUGGAAGCAAAAAAGGUGAAGAAAGUGAAGAAGAGUAAAACGGCGGCGUUAUCACCUCAUGAGGUGUAUAUGAGGAGUAAAGCCAAAGAAGGCGACCGCCGGCGUUCGUAUCUCCCUUACCGGCCGGAGCUUGUUGGUUUAUUCACUAAUGUCCAUGGUGGUGGUCUGACAAGGAACGUGCAUCCCUUCUAAUCGCAAGACUUAUAUAUAUAUAUAUAGGAUUUUUUUUUCCUAUGUUUUUUGUUUAAUCUGCUGAGUGUAAGUUAAACACUCCCCCCAUUCAUUGAUUUUCUUGUAUCUACCUAAAAUAUGUAUAACCACUGCCUAACUUUAGUAAUAGGCCUAAAUCUGAAAAACUCAUCACUGAUUGAGUUUAUGUAAAUCUCCGAUUGUAUUAGUUGUGUCCUCUGGCAUUUUGGCUUUAUGCUGUUUGCUGCCAUCAG